AUGGGAACGUCCCUGAAUUUGUUUCUGAACUCUGCUGGGCAGGUGCGUGUGCGAUUUGCACCUUCACCCACGGGGAACCUGCACGUCGGAGGGGCGCGCACAGCUCUCUUCAACUACUUAUACGCCUGCAACACGGGCGGCAAGAUGGUUCUCAGGGUGGAGGACACGGAUCAGGCUCGGUCCACAAAGGAGUCAGAGGCCGCAGUGCUGCGGGACCUUGCAUGGCUGGGCAUCAAAUGGGACGAGGGGCCAGACAUUGGGGGCGAGCAUGGGCCCUACAGGCAGUCGGAGCGCACGGCACUGUACAAGCAGUAUGUGGACACGCUGGUGGAGCAGGGCAAGGCCUACCCCUGCUUCUGCACAGACGAGGAGCUGCAGCAGAUGAAGGCUGAUGCCGAGACCAAGAGCCUGCCGCCCAUCUACCGCGGCAAGUGGGCCUCUGCCAGCCAGGACGAAGUUCAGCAGGAACUCGCAAAGGGGACACCGUACUGCUACAGGUUCAGGGUGCCUUCGGAUCAGGAGAUCCUCAUACCUGACAGAAUACGCGGCGAUGUGAGGUUCAAUACGAAUGCGCUGGGCGACUUUGUGAUCCUGAGAAGCAACGGCCUGCCGGUGUACAACUUCUGCGUAGCUGUGGACGACGCCCUCAUGCGCAUCACACAUGUCAUCCGUGCAGAGGAGCAUCUGCCAAACACCCUCAGACAGGUGCUCAUAUACGAGGCACUUGGCUUCAGCAUCCCCACAUUCGGGCACGUGUCACUCAUUUUGGCGCCUGACAAGUCCAAGCUCUCAAAGAGACAUGGCGCCACAUCAGUGGGAGAGUUCAGGGAGCAGGGAUUCCUGCCAGAGGCUAUGGUCAACUACCUCAGUCUGCUGGGCUGGAAUGAUGGCACGGAGCAAGAACUGUUCAGCGCAGAGGAGCUUCAGCAGAAGUUUUCCUUGGAGAGGAUAACAAAGAGCGCAGCCGUAUUUGACAAGACCAAGCUGUCCUGGAUGAACGGGCAGUAUCUACGUGCUCUCCCUGAUGAGGAGGUAAUAUCCAUUGCAAGCUCCCUGUGGACGGAAUCUGGCCUGUUGGCCAAGUCUGACUCAGCGUUUGUGCACCGGGCUGUGAGCAUCUUGAAGAACUCCCUGGAGCUCAUUGUGGAUGCUGACACACAGCUGAGGGAACUUCUGGACUACCCCCUUGAAGCCAGCAUUGCCAAUGAUGAGAAGGUGGCCGCUGUGCUGGAAGACAACUUUGCAGAGGUGGCAAAUGCAGUGGUGGCGGCGUUUGACAGCGGGGAGCUGCCGGCUGCGCUGGCAGAGGGAGCUGAUGCGUACAAGGGGUGGAUGAAGGCGUUGGGCAAGGCUCAGAAGCGCAAGGGCAAGCGGCUCUUCAUGCCCCUCCGAGUCGCACUCACCGGCACAUCACACGGGCCAGAUGUUGGGGAAGUGCUCGGGCUGCUGACACUUGAGGAUGGGGACGUGAAGGAAGCAGGAGCAUAUGUGCCCCUCUCGCAGCGCGUAGAGGCUCUUCGUGGUUGGCUUGCAAAGCAGUCUUGA